CAUGGAAACAACAAUUGGCUUUUUGAUGUUAAUGUAAGGUUAGUGUUAUGUAUAAGUUAGCAGUGUGGUUAACGUUAGUUUUAAAAUCCGAUUUUAAGAAAAUAAAUUGUAGAAAUAGGCGGGGUUAUGACUUUGUGACUGUAAUAAUGACCAAUAAAAGCUUGGAGGUUUGCAUGAGCUUGUUGUUAGCAAGCUAAUCCCGUGAAUAACUGACGUGAGGCCAAUUUGUAACCUACGCGUUGUGUUUAUGGAUGUAGCUUGUUGUAAUUAAAGAAAUGGAGACCACACCGAAGACAACCAAAUCAAAACCUGUGUACGGCACACCCUGCUAUUCAAAAUCAAGCCCAUGUGAAUCCAGUAGUGUGCAAAAGGUAAGCCAAAACAGCAGAUGAGUUCUUCUCUAAAGGAACGACUGAAAAGAUCAAAACGUUCCUUCACCUCUCCUGUUUCCGUGGCCAAACGUCUUAACAUCGAUGAUGACCAACUACCCUCAACAGCAGACAAAGAGUCCGAGCAUGGUGCCAAAACAGACAGACAGAAGAAUACUGACAUCAACAGAAAUGAGAGAACGCCCAGUGAAUGUCCAGAGACCAGUGAGAGAACGCCCAGUGAAUGUCCAGAGACUAGAAGGGCUGGGGUCCCUGGCCCCAUGCCUGAAUCAGCUCAACCUACUCCUAUAGACUUGCUACAACUACGAGACCAAUUGAAGAGAGAGGUUAAAGAAGGGACCGAGAGACUACGGCGACUGAAGAUGGUUAAAAUGUACAGAAGCAAGAAUGACCUGACACAGUUGAGAGUUUUGAUUGACAAGUGGCGGAGUUGUAGUCAGGCUGCAUUGUAUGAGCUCCAGUCAGAUCUCCCCAUAGAUGGCAGGAAAGCCAGCAUCUCCCAGCUAAUUGACCUCUUUGGUGUAGAGGACAGCAUACUGCACUUUGACCGCACAGAAGAGGACUUCACCAAUGCAUAGACCCACAUGCCUUCUGUUCAUAUCGUCACAAAUAAUAUUAAUUGUUGAUCUCAAAUUUCCUGCCUCAGAUUUGCUGCCUUCGUUCAAUCUUAUGUACUGGAUGUUUUUCAACCUAAAUUUACUAUGAUCCACAAGUAAUUAGAGUGAAAAAAUAACAUUAAUUUGCCACUUCAUCAGUUUAAUUUCAUACUGUUACCUACCAUAGUAAUUUAUUUUAUUAGAGUUCUAUAUUUAAAGAUGAAAAUCAGUUUGUGACGUUUUGUUAAAAAAAUGUAAAUAAAGUGUUUCCUAAAUCUU